AUUGAAUUCAAAAUGUUGUCAACUUUUACAAAACAUUGUGUGAAUCGACUUCCAGUUUACACUUCUUUUAGAUCUCAUAUACCAAAAUACACCACUAGUUUUAGACCAACCCUUCAAAAUCGUUUCCGUCAAUUUGCAAGUGAAGUUAAGAGUGCUGCUGAUAUUGAAGCCAAAUAUGCUGACAAAUUGAAAGAAGCUGCUAAAAAACGUGGUUUAACGGUUGAAGAACUCAAGGCCAAGGUAUUGGAAGAAGCCAAACAGCGACGACAAGCUGCCAACCCUGUAAAAAAACCAACCAAAACGGCAGCAGCAUCAAAGUCAACUAGUGCAGAUAAAGUAGCGGCAACAGUAACAGCCAAAGCGAAACAACCUUAUGAUUCUUCAGCACCUACUUUGGAUAAAAUUGUCAAGUUGGAAUUGCUUGAAAAAGAAGAUACUGAAACUAUCGAAAAGAUUUGGACACAAUAUCAUGCUGAUAAGGAUUGUAUCACAGCUAUUAUUCCAAGCGAUAUUUAUGAUACUUUAUACAAACGUAGUCAAGAAUAUCCUAUGUUCAUUGUACCUAUGCCAAGAGAAACAGGUAUCGAAUUCUUCGUAAUGCAAUUUCGAUUCCAUCAAUGCCAUUUCACGUCUUUAUUGGAAUACAAGACAAAAGGAACUGAAGCACGACCUUUUUUCACUAUCACUCAUUUCCCAGAAUUGGCGACUUCCAAAGGUAUUGUGCUAAUGCGUGGUGAAAUAUCAGAUGAACCUCGUAUGAUCGAUACUCAAAAUGCUCAAUUCUUGGCCUUUACUCUUCAACAAUUCUACGCAACUGGAAAUGAAACGAAGUUCAACAUGGUCGAAAAAUUCCACAAGGCUCCUCAAGAUUUUGAUUAUCAAGCUUUGAUCAAUGAAGUAGAAAGGGUCAUCUAAACUUUUUUUUUUGGAUCUUAUCACAUGAAUCAGAUAGAAUGGAUUAGAACAGUAUCAUUAGAUUAGAAGUAGUUUUUUUUAAUAGAAUAUUUAUGUAUAUUAUCUUUUUUUUAUUAUUAUUAUAUUUUUAGAAUAAAGAUCUUGAUGUGAUUUUUACUUCUUC